GCUGAAUGUCAACAUUAAAGAUGAAGAAGAGGAGGAGAAGGUUGGGGAAUCUGUUUCUCAUGGACUAGAAUUAAGUCUGAGGCCAGUAACAUCAACAGUAAUGACAAACCCAGCCUGCCUCUCUCCUUCCACACUGAGUCCAAACCCACAGUCACUGGGUCCUGAUUGUGACAGUGGAGCCCAGUUUGCACUGCAUGAUCCAGAAAUGGCAUCAGUGAAGGUGGAAGACUACAGUCAAACACUGGAGCUGAAUGUCAACAUUAAAGAUGAAGAAGAGGAGGAGAAGAUUGGGAAAUCUGUUAAUCAUGGAGACCAUGUUGAGACAUUCUCUACAUCCAGAGAGCAUCAGCAGGAAGAUCACAGAGCAAAGAUGUCUCACCACUGCCCACAUUGUGAGGAGAUGUUCCCAUUUCUAUCAAAGCUAAAAAUACACCUAAAAAUACACACAGGAGAAAAGCUUUUCUCCUGCUCUGAAUGUGGAAAAUGCUUGAAAACAUCAACUAAACUAAAAGUUCAUCAGAGAACACACACAGGAGAGAAGCCUUACUCAUGUUCUGAAUGUGGAAAAUGCUUCAAAACGUCAACUGCGCUAAAAGUUCAUCAUGGAACACACACAGGAGAGAAGCCUUACUCCUGCUCUGAAUGUGGGACGAGUUUCUCUAAUCGGUACACCUUAAAACGACAUGAACGUAUACACACAAGAAAGAAGCCUUACUCCUGCUCUGAAUGUGGAAAGAGUUUCUCUCAACUGGGUACCUUAAAACGACAUGAACGUAUACACACAGGAGAGAAGCCUUACUCCUGCUCUGAAUGUGGAAAGAGUUUCUCUCAACUGGGUACCUUAAAACACCAUGAACGUAUACACACGGGAGAGAAGCCUUACUCCUGCUAUGACUGUGGGGCGAGUUUCUCUCGUCCGGACACCUUAAAACAACAUGAUUGUAUACACACAGGAGAGAAGCCAUACUUCUGCUCUGACUGUGGAAAGAGUUUCCGUCAACUGGGUAUCUUAAAACAACAUGAACGUAUACACACAGGAGAGAAGCCUUACUCCUGCUCUGACUGUGGAAAGAGUUUCCGUCAACUGGGUAACUUAAAACAACAUGAAAGUAUACACACAGGAGAGAAGCCUUACUCCUGCUCUGACUGUGGAAAGAGUUUCCGUCAACUGGGUAACUUAAAACAACAUGAAAGUAUACACACAGGAGAGAAGCCUUACUCCUGCUCUGACUUUGAAAAGAGUUUCUCUCAGGAGUAAGAGAAGCCUUACUCCUUUUCUGACUGUGGGGCAAGUUUCUCUCGUCCGGCCACCUUAAAAUGACCUGAACAUCCACACACUGGAGAGAAGCCUUACUCCUGCUCCGACUGUGGAAAGUGUUUCUCUUGAAUGUGCCAUUUAAAAAGACACCAAAGGAAACACGAGAGGAGCCUUACCACUGAUCUGACUGUAGGAAAUGUUAAAACACCAGCUGAGCUUUAAGGUCAUUAGAGAAAAGACAAAGGAGAGAAGCCUUAUUUCCGCUCUCACUGUGGCAAGAGUUUUUCCCAAUUGGGCAAUGUAAAAACACAGCAACGGAUACACACUUCAGAGAAGCCUUAUCACUGCACUGACUGUGGGAGGAGGUUCUACAGAUUGGGUCAUUUAAAAAGACACAAAUGUAUACAUAAAGGACAGGCCUCAUCAGUUCUCUCAGACCAGCUAAGAUUAGACACUCCAUUGAAUUGAAUGAAUUUGAUCAAAUGAAGAAAGUGUAGAACACUAUUGUAAUCCUUUAGUUUCUCACUGUGAGAGAACAAUGCAGAGGAAAGGGAGCAUUAUAGAAUGGUAGUCUCUCUUUACUGAUCAGUGUGCACCUUCUCAGUUUUGGUGUGAGAGAGAAUAAAGUAGACGGCACACGUCAAACGUUUGAUUUAUGACCCUAUGUCCCCGGAUGACGUGUGCAUGCCCAUAUUUGGGCAUCCGGUAAGGACAUCCUGGCGGGAAGUGAUCACGUGGUUAUGCCCAUAUAUGUUUAUCCUGUUCCUGUUCUCACGCCUUAGAGUGAGUGCGACAAUAUGUAUAUAAUGCCUUUGAAGUUGUCAUGAUGAUUGAUGUCUAGUGACCUCUUUGAACUGCGGGGGGUGACCAUUUCAAAGAGUUUGACCCCCCCACCCCCUGUUUUAUUGACCUUUGGGUUGUUGUCUAUGAAACACGAAUGUCCUGGGGUAUUGGGGUUGGCAGACGCCUUAUAAAUAAAGCCCAGAACAAGACAUGUGUCCCCAGAACACGAAACAAGAUUUUUUAAAUCAACAUGGAUUUUGUGAUCAGUGGCAAAGCUGUGAUGACUGUAACAACGGAAGCAGGACCUCGGUUGAAACAUCGAGAAAGGGCCAAGUAUCAAGCCACAAUAUACGAUGUGCCAAAAAAAGCGGUUUCUAAGUGUGUAUAGAACCCAAAUACCGCCCGCAACUACGCUGAAAGAUCAAGUGCUGAUGUCUAAUGGACAUCAAUCGGGGUAACGGUUUGAUUACCUGGCCUGUAGAGUGAACCUCUAUACGGUAGCCGAAGGAGAAGAAUAUACAGACCAGACUUUAGGAGUGGACUACGAGCUUGAAGACUGGACGGUUUUUCGCAAGGUUGUGUGUCCCGAACUGAGCCUUAUCACCAAGGGGUAUAGCUUGUUCAAGGUGCCCCUGACUCCUCAGGAAGAAUAAUUCACAGGGUGAAAAUACAAAGAAAGAAUGGACUUCCAUGUGGCUACGUGGAGUUCUAUUUCGGCAACGAGGAAACCCGCAACCAAAACAUUUGUGAUGGUGGUGAUUUUAGGUUGCGCAUGCUUAUUCCUUUUCAGAUUUGGGAUCUAAUGGAAUUGAAAAUGUUCCAGCUGUUGGAUGCUCUCUUUGUACAGAGCCAACAGCGGCAGAGCAUAGUUCAUGUAAAGAAGUGCAUAAUAUAUACGAAUCCUCAGGAUUAUGAUUCAAAGGAGCCCCAAGAAGGUACAUCCUCAGAAGGGACAGCCUCUGAAGAAAACUAAGUACCAGGACUCCGAUACGACAUGGGGGCUAGACUCUAAGGACUCUAUGCCUCGCCCGGCUUUCUACUCCCCCUGGCGAGACCCACGACACCGCCUACAUGUACACAGUCUGAGGACGUGUUUGAUGGGGUAGUCAGUACUAUUUUUGUGGACACCAUCAAGGCCUCUGUAGCCACACUUCUAGACGUGGUGAUUGAAGAAUAUAUAAGAGAGAAAUGCAUCGGUUGUGAGAUCAAUCACCCCAGCAAGCGCCCUAUAUGACCCGCCAAGAUACUACUUCUUCAACCAAUUUGAGGAGCUGGUGAAAAGACUGUGGUCCUGCAGGUUUAUACCAUCGCUGGUCAGAGCCCUGGAGUCUAUGGGUCUUGUGCCGUCUUUCCCCAGAGUUUACUUGGUAACCACGGCAUUCCUACAUGAACUGAAGCAGGCAAUCUACAUCCACGAUAAACUCAAAGAAAUCCGACACACCCUGUUGGACGACAAUAAAUACCGGGAAGUUGUGGUGGCUGAUGUGAUGACUUUCUGGCUCAAUAAACCCCAAGAGACCGAGUGACAUUUUGCUAUUUAGAUGUAAUGCAAUGGGCAACUAUGUGUAUACGAUGUUAGAGAUAAUAAAUAAAUGUCUUCUUUUGAGAGAACUUACAAAUGUUAUGCAUCAGAUUAUUGAAAAUAAAGUGAACGAUGUAUCGUUCUACACAACACACAAUGCCUGGGUUAAUGUAGAGCGUGUGCUGAAAAUGGAACAUCAUGAAUCAUGUUGUGGAUGAUUCUGAAGAACUAGAAACAACUUUGCCUAAGAUUUUACUUUAUUUGUUUGAAACACCAUUUAAUUGUAACGUGUAUCAUAUGUUGUUUAUAUGCUUAUAUAUCGGAUGUGUGUUUUCAAAGUUCAGCGACACAAGUCUGUAAAUCAAAACCAAAUAUACAGGGUGUUGCAUGCUGUGAUCGUUGAGAAAACUGGGACACGUAUCCUGCAAAGAAUCCUGAAUUGUCUGUAUACGUAAUACUUGAUGCAUGAAUAAAAUAAAAAUUCUAUAAUGAAAA